AUGAUCGGUCGAUCCGUGAGUUCUACCCAUAUAUCUUCAACCUCUAGAAACAACUUGCAUCCCUGGAAUAUUAGCAUUAUCAAGUCUGGCCCUUGUCUGAAAGAUUCUCAUAUUAGAGCUCUAUCAUCCCCUGUUUCUAAAGAUGAAAUUACAAAAGCCAUUUUCUCAAUGUCUGAAGAUAAAGCUCCAGGACCAGAUGGAUAUGGUGUUUCUUUCUUCAAAGGAGCUUGGAGUAUUAUAGGUGAAGAUAUUACUCAAGCAAUUAUGGAAUUCUUCAACUCUGGAAAGCUGCUAGGUGCUAUCAACUCAACAUCUAUUACUUUGAUUCCAAAGAGGGCUCAGACAAGGGGACCCUCUAUCCCCGUAUCUUUUCAUUCUUGUUAUUUCAAUGGACAAAGAGGGCUCAGACAAGGGGACCCUCUAUCCCCGUAUCUUUUCAUUCUUGGCAUGGAAUAUCUCUCAAGAAGAUUGGACAUUUUGAAGAGUGAUAAUCAAUUCAAAUUUCACCCCAAAUGUAAAAAACUCAAGACUACUCACCUCAUCUUUGCCGAUGAUUUACUUCUAUUUGGAAAGGGUGACCUGCAAACCAUUAUGAAGCUCCACCAGUGUAUCAGGGAUUUUUGUGCAGUAUCUGGCCUUGAAGAAAAUGCAGAUAAAUCCUGUAUCUUUUAUGGUGGUGUCCAAGAUUCUGUCAAAGCUUCAAUUAACUCUCUGCUUGGCUUUACUGAAGGUACAUUCCCCAUCAGAUAUCUGGGUAUGCCUCUAAUAAGUAAAAGGUUGUCUUUUGUAGAUUGUAGUCCUCUAUUCAGCAAAAUUACCAGUCAGUUUCAAAAAUGGAUGAAAUUCAAAAAUCUAUCAUAUGCUGGUAAAAUUCAAGUUAUCAAGGGUGUAAUUCUUGGUAUUCAAACUUUUUGGACUUCAAGCUAUAUCUUACCUACCAGUGUGCUCCAGAAGAUUGAUGAUAUGUGCAGGAUUUUUUUAUGGGGUGAUGCCAGAAUUCCGCUAGUCUCUUGGGAAAAAAUCUGCACUGGAAAAAAAUAUGGAGGACUUGAUAUUUUCUCAGCUUCAAUCUGGAAUGCUGCUACUGCUUUAAGGAAUAUAUGGUUUAUUCAUAUGAAUAAGGAGUUAUUAAGGAUCAAGUGGAUUCAUGGCAAUUACUUAAGAACCAAUGAUAUUUGGCAAGUUCAAACAAAGACUGGUGAUUCCUGGACCUGGAAACAAAUGAUCAAGAUUAGAGAUAGAGCUUCGAUACAAUGUGGUGGAAUAGAUAACCUGAGGAAGCUCAUUGGUGAUUGUUACAAAAAUACAAAGAUCAAGAUCUCAACACUAUAUACUGCAUUAUCCCCUGCUGCUCUAAUGGUACCAGUUGCUUGGUACAAUACUGUUUGGGAGCCAUUGAACUUCCCCAAACAUUCUUUCAUUUAUUGGAGUCAAGGAACCACCUGUUCUUUGAGUGUGUAUACUCGAAAGAAGUAUGGAUUAAGAUCAUGGACUAGUUGGAAUUUAAAUGGAAAGCCUGUAACUGGGAAAUUCUAUUAG